CUCGGCCCUGUUGGAGCUGGGCGCAGUUCGCGGAUUCUCAGCGGAGACCCGCGGACCAAGAGGCCAGGGACCAGGGCCAGAGAUCAUCACAGGGACCUGGGACCAGAGAUCAACACAGAGACCAGGGCCAGAGAUCAACACAGACCAACACAGAGACCAGAGCCAGUGAUCAACACAGAGACCAGGGCCAGAGAUCAUCACUGAGACCAGGGCCAGAGAUCAACACUGAGACCAGGGCCAGAGAUCAACACCGAGACCUGGGCCAGAGACCAACACAGAGACCAGGCCCAGAGAUCAACACUGAGACCAGGGCCAUAGACUAGGCCCAGAGUUCAACACUGAGACCAACACAGAGACCAACACAGAGACCAGGCCCAGAGAUCAACACUGAGACCAGGACCAGAGCCAUAGACCAGGCCCAGAGUUCAACACUGAGACCAACACUGAGACCAACACAGAGACCAGGCCCAGAGAUCAACACUGAGACCAGGGCCAUAGACUAGGCCCAGAGUUCAACACUGAGACCAACACAGAGACCAACACAGAGACCAGGCCCAGAGAUCAACACUGAGACCAGGACCAGAGCCAUAGACCAGGCCCAGAGUUCAACACUGAGACCAACACUGAGACCAACACAGAGACCAGGCCCAGAGAUCAACACUGAGACCAGGGCCAGGGCCAGAGUUCAACACUGAGACCAGAGAACGAGACCAGAGAGACCAGGAGUCGCCCGACCGGACGAGAGAGAAGAGAGAUCAAGAGUUUGACCCGAGACCAGGACUCAAAGCCCCAGCGCCAGAGGUUACCACCGAGAUUUUGGAACCGAGACCAAGAGGUUACCACGGGGGGACCCGACCGGCACAAGGAUCAGAGAUUACGACCGCGACCAGACAAGGCGCCAGACAUCAACGCUUAGCGACGAGGAUCAGAUGCAGAGAGAAGUGGGAACCAGCAGCUGAACUUAGAGAUCAGAACCAGACAUCGAACGAGGAACCGGGAGUUCGACACCACGGCGCUUAUUGGCGAUUCACGACCCGGCAGACAGCCUGAUAGGGGAGACUGAGACUGAGGCUUCAUCGUUUGUAGCAAGCUGGACUCUGGGACCGGUAUCAGAAUCGUGGUGGGGUGGAGGUGGUGGGGAGGUGGUGGUGGUGGGGAGGUUCACUUGGGUCCGAAUUGGGUCCGGAUCGGUGCGAGAGGCUUCACCCGCGGCGUCUGAGGGCGCCUUGAUGAGACGACCCUGCUGAAAUUACGCCCUGGUGGUCGCCUAUCCUGACGGCAUCCAGGCUCCCAACCCCGCGUGGCUGCCACGCACCCCGACGAGAUCGGCCGCACUCGGGGUCAACUACUCACAGGCCGUCGCCCGGUGCCGCGCCAACAUCUGUGCCCGUAGGGAGCCCUGUCCUGAUUCGCCCGUGACUGCCGACCACCGUCACCACCACCACCACCACCGCCGCCGCUCUCCCGGCGAGGGGAGCGCGCGUUCGGCGCAACCGGGGAGGAGGCGGUGGGGGGAGGCGCGGCGGAGAUGGCGUCCGGCGCUGAGCGUGCUCCCGCGGCGGGCGGCGGCGGAGGAGGAGGCGGCGGUGGCUCGGCGGCGAAGUCGCUGGGCUUCGACUUCCGGUCGUCGGCACGGCUGCAGGACAUCGAGAGGCUCAUCCACGAGUUCAACAAGCACGACCAGCGCGAGUACGACGAUCAGCGCGCCCUCGAGAUUCACACGGCCAAGGACUUCAUCUUUUCCAUGCUGGGCAUGGUGCAGAAGCUGGACGGCAAGCUGCCCGUCGCCAACGAGUACCUGCUGCUGUCGGGCAGCGUGCGCGAGGGCGUCGUGGACAUGGACGUGGAGCAGCUGGGCGACUUUGCGCGCGGCGCAGACUACGACAUGGACUUCACGUUGCUCGUCCCCGCGCUCAAGCUGCACGACCGCAACCAGCCCGUGACGCUCGACAUGCGCUGCUCGGCGCCGUGCCACUCGUGGCUCAGCCUGCGCCUCUUCGACGAGGCCACCAUCAGCAAGUGGCGCGGCUGCUGCACCACGGUGGAGCACCCCAACGGCGCCACCAACCACUUCUUCUCGCCGCUCAAGGUGGCCGACUGGUUCCACUGCUCCGUGGAGGUCGUGCUCGGCGAGAUGCAGCGGAAGCCUCAGAGGGGAAUGCCGCGUGUGGAGCGCGUGGAGCAGAAGGGGACGCUCGUGUCCAUGGUGCUGGUCGUGGGCAGCAGCCGCAUCCUCUACGACAUCGUCCCCGUCGUCUCCUUCAAAGGCUGGCCGGCUGUGGCGCAGAGCUGGCUCAUGGAGAACCACUUCUGGGACGGCAAGAUCACGGAGGAGGAGGUGAUCGGCGGCUUCUACCUGGUGCCCGCCUCGUCGCCCAGCGGCUGCCGGGACAACGAGUGGCGCCUGUCGUUCGCUCGCAGCGAGGUGCAGAUGAAGAAGUGCAUCCCGACGCCCUUCAUGCAGGCCUUCCAGGCGUGCAAGGCCAUGGUGCUGCGCCUGCUGUCCCGCCCGCAGGCCGUGGGGCCCUACCAGUUGCGCUCAGUCGUGCUCUGGGCCUGCGACCGCCUGCCCUCGAGCUUCCUGGGCCAGGAGAGCAACGAGGCGGCGCUGCUGCUGGGCCUGCUGGACGACGUCCUGCACUGCCUCGUCAACAAGUCGUGCCCCAACUACUUCAUCCCGCAGUGCAACAUGUUCGAGCACUUCACCGACGAGACGGUGCUGCUGCUGGCGCGCAAGCUCUCAUCGGUGCGAUCGGACCCCGUGGAGCACCUCUCGACGGCCGUGGAGCAGGUGAAGGCCGCCAACGCCGUGCGGCUGGAGGCGCACGCAGCGGCCGCCGCCGCCGCGGCCGGCGGCACCGCCGCCAGCGCCGGCGGAGGGUCGGGCGGCCUGCCGGGAUCGCAGUCGGACGGGGCGCUGGCCGACAUCCGAGGGCAGGACGACCGACUGGCCAAGAAGCUGCAGCAGCUGGUGACGGAGAACCCCGGCAAGUCCAUCUCGGUGUUCAUCAACCCGGACGACGUGACUAAGCCGCACUUCCGCAUCGACGACAAGUUCUUUUGAGCGACGUCGUACUUUUGGGUUAUUAAGAACCCAGUCGCCGCGCUGACGUCUCCUGGCCGGCAUCACGGCCCAAGUCUUAACGACGCCCUGGAUUCACAAAGUGGUCUCGUGACCGAGUACUGUCACCGGGUUUAACUCUCCUUCGUUCCCGAGAUGCGAUCGGGAGCAUUCGGGGUAUGAUGGGAUGUCGUCAGCUUUAUGAUGGGGGCAGGUUACGUCAUUCAGAGCCGGCCUGUAAUACAAUUAUCCAAGUAAUUGAUCGCUAUUUAAAUUUUCAGUUCAGUCGCUCUGUCUUGUCAGAUAUCAUGAAAAUAGUUGAAAGAAGAAAGAAAAGCUCACCUCUGCUCCCCGUGUAUGACCCGUGACCGGAGAUGAUGGGCGGGGCUUGGUGACAUCAUCAUUCGCCACGUCAUACGAGGUGUGGCUUACAGGGGAUUCCCACCUUCAAGUGGGUGGCACGUUCUAGGUGCGGCUGAUAAAAAAAUGUUUUAAUCAUCGACCACCAAGUAGAGGCGAAAUGUCAGUUUGACAAAUCGACUUCGUCGUCCAAUCGUCGCAGCUCUCGGCAAGUUCCCCCGAUCGGUGGCGUCGCCCCCCUCGUCACAUGACUCCCCGCCGGAAGCGGCCGCGCAUCGCGAUCUUCGGCGGUGGCAUGUGGAUGACGUGUCGCCGUGUUGCGCGACGUGCCCCCCGCGGUAAUGCACGGGCGACGGUGGCGUUUAAAAAUAAGAAAACGGUUGAUUAAGUGUCCUUUCCAGUUCAGUCGGCAUGUAAUGAUUCACUCGUCCCGAGGGACUUGAUGAAUUAUUACGAGUUGCGAUCGUGGUUCAAAUCAAGAAAAAAAUUUUCUCGGAAUUUCGAGUCUUGUUCAUAUCAUUUGUUUUGGUCUCGUCUGUACAUUUCUGUCCAGUCCGCCAGUCUAAGUGUCACAUUUGAAUAUCGUUCGCACAUACAUCUACAUAAAUCGCACGUCAUUGUCGCACCCACGAUUAGGUCCGUGUCUCGUGAGCGUCCGGGAUGAAUUGAUGCGUCGUUGCAUGCCUACUCUCAAUCGACGUUGAGGCGGCGCCAGAUGAGAUUUAACUCGGUCGGGGUGGGGGUGGGGUGGGGAGCGAUUCGGAAACACCGGGGCACCAGAAGUGGCUUCGCUGCAGAUACAGCGGCAGUAGCAGCAGCAGCAGCAGCAGCAGACGGCGUUUGAUUCCGCAUCUACGGUUGUCGCAGCUGUAGCCGAGGCGACACGGGAGAAGAGAGGGUGGCCCCGGCCAUUGGCUGCAUGCCGGUCGUUGCGAUGAACGCAGCCGCGCUGCCGAGACCCGGCCAUGGCUUGAAGCUCAACCCCCCGCGUACACACGACCGGCGCAGCACUCCCGCCGUUGGCGACAUUGUCGCCAACGUCGCCGCCAGUUGGGAGUGGAUGCCUCCAGGAGGAUUAAGCGUCGUUCGGUAACCAUCGCAUGUGGAGCGUGCUUGCAUCCGCGCGCCGCAACCGUGACGUUGAGUGGCGUAAGCCGAUUGCCGCUCGCUCAAUGUGGCGCCGUCGGUACUCAAGCGGUCGGAGGCGAUCGCUGAACUAUAGCAGUUCCGCGAGAGACUUUCGAGAGGGUCGCUGCGUUGAGCACAGAGCCGCGAACACCCACAAGCGCGGGACGUAAAGCGGCUGCGUCCCGGGUGGUGGGAGGUGAAGAUCUCGGUUGGGAUCAUCGGCACGAGCGAAACGAGCGUCUUGGGCCUUAGAGGACUGCGUCUGCAGUGUGUCUUUUACAAGCACAGGACAAAACAUUUAAUUAAAUUCAUAAACGCUGUAUUAUCAUUUAAACACAAAACACCGUAGGCUAACGUUCUGGGCAAUGGCUCUACUUCUGUCUGCUCUGAGCAAAGCCUUCUGCAACGUUUCUUGUUGCUGGACAGUGUUGGUGAAGACAACGGCAGGACGUAUUGUUUGAUGUGCGCGCGCGUGCCGCUUGCUGUUGCGAGCCCCGGCUGAGCGAGCGAGCUGUCAAGUGUGAAGGUGAUGCAGCUGCACCGGAGCCCGUGGGCUGGCUGGAGGGGUCCAGGCGCCAGGUAACGGAAGGGAGGGCGGGCGCCCGUGCCCCGACAGCGCCACGCUACGCCGCCGUUGCGAGCGAGAGAGCGUGGCCAGUGCUGCCGGGGUAGUCGGAUGGAAUCCAGGAAGCUCGCUCGUUUUACGAUUCCCGCAUAGGUCACGGCACUAGUCCAGGCCAGGUGUCGUCACAAAAUGAUACGGAUUGUUUUGACACGGUUUUGUUUUUGGCGGGGUUUUCAGCAAGUGGUGGGGUUGGUCUGGGGUCGUGGUUGGGAUUUGUUGUCGUGAGUGGUAUUUGUCUGGCGGAGUCGACAGCCUGGCCUCUCUCGCCUCUCUGUCACGGCUAUCCUUGCCGUCGGCAGGCCCAGCUUGCACAAGGUGACAUCGCGCAGUGCGCCCUGGCCCAUCUGCAGCCCUCCUGCCGCCCGUCUGGUCUCGUGCGUUGUAUCUUUUUGUAAUCGGUUCGUGCCGGUUGACAUGACACGUUUCGUGUAUGUAUGUGAGUGUGUGCGCUUUUUUAUAUGUAAAUAGAGUACCGUAGAUGUUUUGAGUAAUGCACUAUGCUGACUUAAUAAUGAGCUGCCGAGCUCGCUAAGCUAAGUGUGGGUCUAAACGUUGAGCCGGAGUGGUGGAGGAGAAAGUGGGCGCGCAUUGGGAGAGGGCUGCGGAGCAGAUGCACCGAUCGGACACUGGAUUUUUCGUGCUCUGUCUUGUGCGCGGUCCUUGUGUCAUCAUGGGAGCGUGUAGGGGCCCCAUCCUGGAAGGGAGGAGAUUCAGGAGGGGGGUAGCAGCGGGGGGGAACAAUUGGACCUAAGUUCAAUUAUAAGAUCCACAGCACUUACAAUUACCGCAUUCUCUGGGUUAUAAGACACACCUUUUUGCUUGUAUUUCAAAGCAAAAGCUGGGCAGGUGGGGUGGGGUGGGGGGUGGGUGUGUCUUAGGAUUAAUCCGGUAGGUGUGCCGCGUGUGUUAAGUGAGAUCAGUUUUUUUGCGCAACUCGAUUGGCCUACGAAUUUGGCGUGCGUCUUACUUUGCCGAGGGUCUUAUAUAAUCCGCGAUCGCAAUCCCUUGCGGACGGCACAAGCUACGAUUGUCAUUGACCCCAGGGUCCGAAGCCACGCGCGCCCCAUACGUCGUUCCUCCCCUCGCGAAGAAGCGCGACUUGGUUUCUAUAGCACAGAGUCAAGCGGUGUCUUGAUAAGAUGCGGGGGGGGAAUGGAGUAUUCGAGCAGAAAAAAAAUCGAAACACUGUGUGAACAUAUGUGGGGGGGAGGUCACUCACUCAUCCGCACACCUUACGCACACACUCACACACAGGACAUUAGGGCUUUUGCCACAUUCGGAGCAUGGCAAACAUUUCAUAUUGAAAUACAUAUUUUUGAGGGCCUUAUUUACAGCAAAAUACCGUCGUAACCAGUCUGCUUUGUAUAGAGGUGACAAUUUCACCCCUUUUCCCGCUGGCACGUUGGAGCCGGGCCAGCGCGGGGGGUGAUUUUUCCACCGGAUUCUUUUAGUUUUGCCGUGCAGAGCCCAAAGCAAACAGUGAUGCACUGCUGGUCCUCCCCAAGACGUCUGCAUUUUUUAGACCGGGGCCCAAGCAGAGCCAGGGUGCAGGGCUAAGGACGUGUCACCGGCACGGCUCGGGGGUUCUGCGGUGGGAAAGCACGGCGCCUCCCGACGCGCGCCGGGCUGGCUUGGCACGGCUCCGGCGUGACUCGCUCGUACAUCCGAAACAAAAAAAAAAGAGAGACGUUUGAUAAACGUACCGCAUGUACAUGGGGGGGACACACACUUGCACCCAGCUCGCAGCGUUGUGUUUACAGAGGCUCGCGGACGGAUGGACGGACGGACCGGUCGACUGCACUCCCCAGACCGCUGCAGCUACAACCGGUGUGCGGUCUGUUAGGGCUGGGAGGCUGAGCACAGUGCGGCUAGGGAAGAGUGCAGUGACUCGCCGCAAGGGAGAGGAGUGCAGGGAGUGGUGAUUGGGCAGGGAGGGUGAUGCAAGGAAUUGUGAUUGAGCAGGGGGUUAGGGCAGGGAGGCUGGUGCAGGGAGUGGCGAGUUGAGCAGGGAACUGUGGUUGAGGGAGGUUAUUACAUUCGCUGUGGUCGAUCUGGGUUAAUUUCGUGUUUCGCCCGGACUUGAAUGCCCUGAGUGGCCCGGCUCCCCCGCUCCCCCCCCCCCCCGCUCCCCCCCCGCUCGAGGUGCGUUGUUUGCGCGACGUCGCGAUUGUCUCGUGCUCUUUCUGCAGAGAGGAGUCUCGAUGUAAAACUUCUCUCGUCACAGGUGUGACGUGAUCGAUAGCGUUGUUGUCAGGUGAUCUUGCGGGUUUAUUUCCUCCGUUGUAAUGAAUACGUGGAAUGUUUUAUCGGUCGUCAUGAUCAGUUGUUUUUUUUUAAAGCCAAAAAGUGUACUAAACUUAAAAAAAUCAUCAGUGUAAUCAAAAAACGAAGCGUUUCUUCAGAUUAUGUAUGCAAGGGUACUACUGUCAAAAAUAAAUAAAUUCUGAAUUGAAA